GACCCCCAUGCUGCGCUGCCACAUCCCGCCGCAAUGCGGCCCGGCCCCGCUCGCCCGCCGCGGGACACUGCCCACCGCCACCGCCGCGGUGCGCUGCGCCCGCCCGCCGCGGGGCGUCGUGGCGUCGGCGGCGGCGGCGGCGCAGGUCGCGGCCGCCGUGCCCACCGCCGAGCGGCGGGGCCUGGCGGAGCGCCUAAGGAUGGGGAGCCUCCUCGACGACGGCCUCUCCUACAAGGAGAGCUUCGUCGUCCGCUCCUACGAGGUCGGCAUCAACAAGACCGCCACCGUCGAGACCAUCGCUAACCUCCUACAGGAGGUCGGGUGUAACCAUGCACAAAGUGUUGGGUUCUCCACCGAUGGUUUCGCCACCACUACAACAAUGAGGGAACUUGGACUCAUUUGGGUCACAAAUAGGAUGCACAUUGAGAUCUACAAGUACCCUGCUUGGGGUGAUGUUGUUGAGAUCGAAACAUGGUGCCAAGCUGAUGGAAGGAUUGGCACUCGCCGUGAUUGGAUCAUUAAGGAUUUAGCUAAUGGUGAAGUUAUUGGAAGAGCUACGAGCAAGUGGGUCAUGAUGAACGUAAAUACACGCAGACUGCAAAGAGUUAGUGAUGAAGUCAGGGAUGAGGUUUUUGUCCACUGUCCAAAGACUCCAAGAUUAGCAUUCCCUGAGGAGAAUAAUGGUAGUCUGAAGAAGAUACCUAUUCUUACAGAUCCUGCACACCACUCAAGGCUCGGGCUAGUGCCUAGAAGAGCUGAUUUGGACAUGAACCAACAUGUUAAUAAUGUCACCUACAUUGGUUGGGUCCUGGAAAGCAUACCUCAAGAUAUUAUUGAUACACACGAGUUGCAAACAAUCACUCUUGACUACAGAAGAGAAUGCCAGCAUGAUGACAUAGUCGAUUCUCUUACAUAUAUAGAGGAAGCAGAGGAGGAAAGUUCCAAUGGAUCUCUGUUUGCAGCACCGCACCCAGAAGAGCAGCGUCAGUUCUUGCACUGCUUGAGAUUCGCUGGGAAGGGGGAUGAGAUCAAUCGUGGCCGCACCGUGUGGAGGAAAUUAGCUAGAUAGAAAAUUAUAUGUAUUUGCUCAAGUGUAUUGUGCUCUUCCAUUUGUUUUAUCCUUUGGGUCUUUCCGGCCGGCGCAGCAUCACCAGAGAAACAACUGUACCCCCAAAUUUUGUGAUUAGCUUUGCAUCCUGUGUAACAAUCAAUGCCCAUUUGUGGCAAAAUGUUGGACCUCA